AUGGCCAAUGCCAAAACUUCCCGAAAAGGUCUCAAAAUAUGCGGUAUCGUGACAGCAAUUUUCAUAGCUAUACUAGUGAUUGUUAUCACAACAUUGUCACUUACCAUCUUCAAGCCUAAGGAUCCUGACAUCACUGCAAACCCAGUAGGUCUGAGAAAUAUUUCAUUCUCUUCACUAAAUGUUACAAUAGACAUGAUGGUCACCAUUGACAAUCGUAACUAUGGAAGCUUCAAGUUCCAGAACUCCACAGCUUAUAUCAACUACCGUGGAGAUAUUGUAGCUGAAGUUCCACUUGAAGAGGAAUUAGUGCCUGCGCGAGGCAAGAUUAAUAUAACUACUUCUGCAGUUAUUGAGGCGGAAAAGUUAAUAACAAAUCCUAACUUUUGGAAUGAUGUUGAAGCUGGAAGCUUGAAUAUGACCUCAACAGCCACGUUGCAUGGGCAAGUGAAAGUGUUUAAGAUCUUCAAGCUGCAUGCAAGGACUGUUAGUAUCUGUAGCAUCACUAUUUGGAUCGACACCCAGAGUCUGGAAUCUAAAUGCAGGUCCAAAAUCAAGUUAUAA